AUAGAUCACAACGCACCGCGCAGAUCGAGCCCUGGGUGAUUUGAUGAAUAUGUAUUUCCACGCGCAGUGUUUCGGCGGAUUCUGUUUCUUUAAUUGCCGAAGCGACGGUCGCGUCAAAUGUUGCAUUGCAUCGUUCCUUUUCUUUUCAACUUCCUCGGCGAAGUGAUACAACGUAACGCUCCGCCGCCGAAAGAGCCGCUCGUUAACAGUUUAACCUCUGCUUGGGUCUCGGGUUAAGCGCUGGUUUAAGCUCUGGUUUGUUUGGUGCUUCUAAACUAGGAAGUGACUUCUGAGAGGUGGAAGCUGACGUUUGGUGUUUGAACCAAUCCUUGGUAAAACUUCUAAAGGUUGCAGCUCAUUUAGCGCGCGCGCGUGUGUGUGUGUGUGUGUGUGUGUGUGUGUGACGAGUCUGUUAUAUGAAUCGCUUUAAAGAUACUCCUGUUUAUUAAUAACACAGCCGUACUGAUCAAUCAUCACCAAUUCCUCAUUCAAUAUCUUUUCUCUCCGCACAUCUCAGUUUUUUUCAAUCAGAUCAUGAAGCGUAGUUUUAGUAGAUGGUCUGUAUGUGUGUGUAUUCAGCAGUCUGUCUCUCAUGGGUCAGCUGGCUCUGAAUAUACAGUGUAACAGGUGUUGCUGUGUGUGUGUGUGUGUGUAGUCGAUUAAAAAUGCUCAAGUAAUGUUUAAGCGCUCUAAGAUAAAACCAGUCUCUUAGGGGCACGUUGUUGGAGUAUCGUUAGCUCAUUGAAGGUGUGUGUGUUUCAGCAGUGACGCAUUUUCUCCUGAAUCUGCUGUCAGUGGUAUCGCACGCCUUAAAUAUUGUAUGCAUGUUUUGUCAUUGUUAACGCGGUCCAUAAUCGUGGUUUCACACGUCGGCUCUGUCACGCCGCAGGUAUCUGUGUCCGUGUUGAAUGCACGCGUGACAUCUCGUCAGACUGGUUUUGUGAGCCGAGUUAUUGCGAAAGUGCCGUCACAUAACUUCCAUAGAACUUCCUGUGUGUGACUUAAAAACAAAAAAAACCAAACACGCCUAAUUAAUCAACAAACUCUCCGGACACAUUUGGCCUAAAUGUCAAAUUCACCUUGAUGGUGUUGCUAAUAUUUAUGUCGUUGAUCACAGCCCCGGUUUCUGAAGUUUGCAUUUAAAAUAUUUAAUAACGCAAGUAGCAAUGACAAGAACAAUUUUUGCUUAAAUUUUUUUUUGCACACUGUGCAUAACAGUGCAGCUAGCGUCAUUUAUGUCGUCUUAUUUAAUAAUGCACUGAAAAGUGCAAAUGUCACAUCAGAUGCGUUCACGGCAGCUCGUUAAACCUUUUCUGAUUCACGUUAAAUGUCAAAAACAUUAUAUUUUCAUUAUUUCUUAUGAUUUUGAGACGAAAAACGACUCGGGCGCGCUCUGGCCUGUGGGUUUCGUCCGCCUGUAGUCUCUAGGUUGUUGGUGUAUAUUUAUGCAUGAGAAAAACGAGAGAAUCCGAGUCCUGUAGCAGAGGCUGAGCGUCCAGUCUGCGCAUGCGCGCUGCUGACUCGCCGUAAUCCUCGCGCAUCUGCGCGUCCUGGAGAGAGGCGGGCUGAAUUAAGAACCGAAUCAAAUAAAUAACCGCAGCAUAUGCGUGCACGUCGGAUCGCGCUUUAGACACAUGCAUGCUGCCAUCAUGAGUCCCGCGAGGAGAUGCACGGCAGCACCGCUGCGGUUUGGCUGUUGUGUGUGUUUAUGCGGUGCGCAGCGGCAGCAGCAGCAUCAUCAUCAUCACCAUCCGCUCCAGCCGAAUCAUAAGUGACCGAACCGGCAAACGGAACCGAGCGGGACCGAAGCUCACCGCACGUCUGCACGGCAGCCUCUCGGCCGCGGGGACACCCGCCCCGGAGCUUCGGACGCCCGACCGCAGCCGAGACCCACAUCGGACCGGCGGAACCGGAGCGCUCGUGUCCUCACCGGGCCCGAGACCACUGCACCUCACCCGAGCCUCUCUGCGCCGUUAAAUAUUCAUAGUCACGAUCUGAGUGUCAAACUUGAUACCCCGGCGCCCGGAGAGACGGAUGAGAUCCUUCACAGCCGUCUCUGUCACGUUAUGAACAUCUGCAUGAGCUUUAGAUGAGACCCGGAUGAGAUGAGCAGCUGGAUCUGUGCAAGCAGGACGAGAUUCACUGCAGCACCUGCAGUCCGGCCCGCCGAGGGCCUCCGCUGGGUCAGAAAGCCUCUGUGUGUCUUCUGAGUCCGUUGAUGCUGGAGACACGCAUGCAUGCAUGCAUGCAUGUAUGCGCAGUCGCAUACGCGCUGAUACUUAUACAGGGGUUUACUUAUGCAUGCAUAGUCAUGUUAUGUCGUUUUUAUAUCGGACUGAUACCUUUUUAAACACCUACUGGUAAAUAUCGGUGGUUUUUAAUUAUAAUUUUUAAAUAUGAAGGAUGUGAAAUACAACAGAUAUUUUGUGCCACGUUUAUAAAGCUAUCCAUCUUUUUUGCAGAACGCUAAAAUAGUUUUAGCGCCUGAUCACGUAUAUAUAAAAUGUUAAGCUAAUUUUUUAAGCAUGCAUAUUCAUAUAGAAUCAUUAUAUCGGUAAUUUGUUUCGUAAAAUAAGUGGUUAUCUGUAUCAGCAAAAAUAUAUAUUUUUUAAUUUAAUUAAAAAAUGUUUUUAAUUUGCCCUGUUUAUAAUGUUUCUACUGGUUAAAACCUCCCGAAUUGUCCGCUUGUACUAUUCCGCGUCCUAAAAGUUGCUCUUCGCAUGCGUCGCCCGUUAAAUGCAUGCGCAGACGCGCACGCACUCGUCCGCAUGCGCAGACGCACGCAGAUUGAAAUGCUUGUUCUCUGGACGCCGGUGUUUGUUUGCGAUGAAAGGAAUAUUUGCUUCUGCAGGCUAGAUGAAAUGUGACGCAUCGUAAUCCCGGUGACAGCUGCGGAAAGAUGAGCCACAGACAGACAGAGAGAGAGAGAGAGAGAGAGAGAGAGAGAGACAGGCAGCGAACAUGAUUAGAGGGACUGAGCCGUGACUCAACCAGACGCAUCGAAAAACAAGACGGGAAUGGAGACUGGAAACUUUCUCGCCGCGUCGAACUUCCUCUUUUAAAGCCCUAAACGGAGUGCGUUUGUCUCCAGUGCUUCAGUGAUGUGUUACACCAAAGUGUCAUCCUUCCUCUCAGGUGAGGUUACGGCAGGUUAAACGCCGCCCGAGGCUUGCAGAGACCGUAGGGGCCCGCGGAUCACUUAUAGACUCAUGUGAGCGCUGCGAGCGGCGGCCGCUUCCCGAUGUUGACCUCCGGCAGACCGGAGGAGACGCCCGACCCUCCGAGCCGAGCUUGAGAGCCGCCGACCUUCGCCCUUUGACUGUAUUUAUGUGCAAGGAGGCCGGACGGAGGUGCGUUUCGAAGUCGCUCGCGGCAAUGGGGAGUUCGGCGUCGUCCCUGACCACGGACAGAGAGUCGGAUCACGGGUUCGGCGCGGCUCCGUUUCCGCCGGCCGCUCCGAUGGGCUGGCUCAGGACCAGCCACAGCAGCCCGGUGUGGGGAACCACGUUCAUCACUCGCCAGCAGCAGCAGCAGCAGCCCGUACCGCACAGAGAGCGCAGUCACUCUCAUUCUCCUGGUUCGAUGGCCGCAGUUGUGAGAAAUUCUGAUUGGUCAUGCGGUCGCUGCACCUUUCUUAACUCCAGCGGCUCCAUGCGCUGCUCUAUUUGCGAAGCACCUCGGCAGAAGCCGGAUUUGAACCAUAUUUUGCGCCUCAGCAGUGCCGAGGAACCUCGCUGGUCCUGCCCCCGUUGCACUCUGACCAAUCACCACGGAUUAGGCUCAUGCUCUGUGUGCGGAGCAGCCCCGGUUACGCCCAACGGACCCCUCCCACCCAAGCAGCCCCCGCCCACUCCAGUAGAGCCCGCCUCCAGCCCAGAAGCCAAAGGUCAGGUAGCCAAUGGGGAGUCCCGAUGUGCCGAAUCUAACGGCGAGGUGUCUGUAGGAGGGGAGGGGUCAUCAGAGUGGGCGUGUCCUCGCUGUACUUUAGUAAACACGCCGGUGGCGUUAUCAUGUUCGGCGUGCGGCGGCCCGAGGAAGCUUUCCUUACCAAAAAUCCCUCCUGAAGCGCUAGUGGUCCCGGAAGUGCGCACACCGGUGGCAGGGUUUCCCACGCAAACGGCAGGAGCGUCCGCGCCGCUUCUCAUCGAUCUGACUGAAGACUCUCCACCCCAAGCACCUUCCGAGACCCCAUCUCCGCCCCCUGUCCCGUUUCUGCCCCCUUCCCUGUCCUCGCUUCAAAACAACCCCGUGCCUCGCAGCCGAAGAGAAGUCCCGCCCCCUGGGCGGCCUCCAAACCCCGCCCCCUCACCGACGUCGCCCUCUACCUGCCCGCCUACCAAAACCAAGCCCCUCCCAUCUUCAGAUAGCUACCCAGUCAAGCGCCUCAGCGUGCUGGAGGAGGAGGAGCCUAACAACCCCGCCCCUCCAGUCACAUCUCCACCUUCUUGGAAGUGCCCCGGAUGCUCUGCCCCCACAGCUCCCCCCUCGUCAUCCGCGGGGCGUUGCGAUGCAUGUAGAGGUUCGCGACCGGGUUCGGGCGCAGACGUCAUCGACGUACUGGGCGAGUCGGUGCGAUUCACGCCGGCGUCACCGUCCAGUCCGGACUUCAGCUCGUGGGCGUGCUCCAAAUGUACGUUGCGCAACCCGACGGGCGCGGGCCACUGCACGGCCUGCGGAUCGUCCAAAUUGCACGGUUUCUCCGAGCCGUCCAACUGCUCGUCUUGUUCUCGGAAACAACCGCACUCCCACUCGCGUGCCUUUACCUCCGCCUCCUCUUCCUCCGUCUCGUCCCCGUCGGCUCAGGACAAGGGCGCCUGUCAGUGGACGUGUCCUGCCUGCACACUUUUGAACGAAGUGAGGAUGAAGCAUUGCGCGGCGUGUCACACCCCGCAGCAGUACCUCAGUCAGCGCAAAAUCGGGAAGCCGCUCAAACGCCGGGAGAGCAUGCACGUUGAGGCCCGCAGGCGCACUGAUGAGGGAGAGGCCAAGGAAUUGUGGGAAAACAUCGUCAGCUUCUGUAGAGAGAACGCCGUGAACUUCGUGGACGACAGCUUUCCUCCCGGUCCGCGUUCGGUCGGCUUCCCCGAGAACGACAGCGUCCAGCAGCGAAUCAAAAAGUGGCUCCGCCCCCACGAGAUCAACUGCAAUAACUUCAAGGAUCGGGGCGUGAAGUGGUCCGUGUUCAGGACGCCCCGCCCCUCGGAUAUACUGCAAGGCCUUCUGGGAAACUGCUGGUUUUUAAGCGCUCUGGCGGUGCUGGCCGAGCGGCCCGAGCUGGUGGAGCGUGUGAUGAUCACCAGGACCAUAUGCCAGGAGGGAGCGUAUCAGGUCCGACUCUGCAAAGACGGCACGUGGACGACGGUUCUGGUGGACGACAUGCUGCCCUGCGACGAAUACGGAUUCUUACUCUUCUCACAGGCUCAGCGGAGGCAGCUGUGGGUGGCGCUGAUAGAGAAGGCUCUGGCGAAGCUGCACGGCUCGUAUUUUGCGCUGCAGGCCGGCCGAGCCAUCGAGGGUCUGGCGACGCUCACCGGAGCUCCCUGUGAGAGUCUGAUGCUGCAGGUCAGCUCAACCAACCCUCGAGAAGAGCCCAUCGACACGGACCUCAUAUGGGCCAAGAUGCUCAGCUCCAAAGAGGCGGGCUUUCUGAUGGGGGCAUCCUGUGGAGGCGGUAACAUGAAGGUGGAUGAUGCUGUGUACGAGUCUCUCGGGCUCCGCCCACGACACGCUUACUCCAUCCUGGACGUCAGGGAUGUUCAGUGCUACAGACUGCUGCGUCUGAGGAACCCCUGGGGCCGGUUCUCCUGGAACGGCUCGUGGUCGGACGAGUGGGCCGACUGGCCGCAGCACCUCCGUCACGAGCUCAUGGCUCACGGCAGCAGUGAAGGCGUGUUCUGGAUGGAGUACGGAGACUUCAUUAAGUACUUCGAUUCGGUGGAUAUCUGCAAGAUUCAUCCUGAUUGGCAGGAGGUUCGUCUUCAGGGCUGCUUCCCCUGCCGGGCGAGUAAACCGGUGACCGUCACCGCCCUCACGGUCCUGGAGAGAACCGCGCUGGAGUUCGCCCUCUUCCAGGAGGGCAGCAGGCGUUCGGACACGGCCGACAGUCACCUGUUGGAUCUGUGCAUCAUGGUCUUCCGGGCCUCGUUCGGGAACGGGAAUAAGCUGGUCCUGGGUCGUCUGCUGGCGCACAGCAAGCGCGCGGUGAAGAAGUUCGUGGGGUGUGACGUGAUGCUGGAGCCGGGAGAGUAUGCUGUUGUCUGCUGUGCCUUUAAUCACUGGCAGAUGGACCUGAGCGGAGCUUCGACACCAGUGUCCAGCCCCACCAACGCUCGCAGACCCAGUCAGGAUUUCCCCGGGUACAUCUUGGCCAUCUACAGCUCCAGACAGGUGAUGGUGGAGCAGGUGGAGGCCACAUCCACCACCCUCGCCGACGCCAUCAUCCUGCUGACGGAGAACAAGGGAGAGAGACACGAGGGUCGGGAAGGAAUGACAUGUUACUACCUGACUCACGGGUGGCCGGGGCUCAUCGUCGUCGUGGAGAACCGUCACCCAAAGUACUACCUCCAUGUGUCAUGUGACUGUACUGACAGCUUCAAUGUGGUGUCGACCCGCGGCAGCCUGAAGACCAUCGACAGCGUGCCGCCGCUGCACAGGCAGGUGCUGGUGGUCCUGUCCCAGCUGGAGGGGAACGCCGGGUUCUCCAUCACGCACAGACUGGCUCACAGGAAAGCGGCGCAGGCGUCUCUGGGCGACUGGACGUCUAGUAAAGCCACACACUCGCCCCAGCUCACGCCGGACACUGACGGACUGCACAGACCGCGGCCGCUUUGACACACGCUCACACGCACACACACACACACACACACAUAGACACAUCGUCCCGUCGUGAAACCACGUCGACGACUUCAGACCCCUGAUGGUGAUGAUGAUGAUGAUGAACACACACUGAGAGGGUCUGGGUGGAACUACUGAGCCAAUCGCACGUCUGCUCGCUGAGCCAAGACCCGCCCACUGCAAACACGCCCGCUCGGAGUUCAUCCCGGAGACCUUUCCUGUCACCAAACUUCACCUCCUUCUUUCUCUCUCCGUGCGUUCAGUCAGACGGCCAAUCUCACCCGAAUAUUUCACACGGCUCAUUUCACGUAGAAUCAAAAGAAAAAUAUACAUUAGCAAAAUCAAGGCAGCGUCAUUAUUAUUAUUAUCAUUACAAUGAUAGAUUUUAAUUGUACAUUUUUGAUUACAAUUAUGAGCAUUUCCCGUCCUCUUCAUGUUACGCAAGAUUUACAUUUUACAGGAUUUAAGAUUACAUUUUUUAUUCAGUUAUAUUACAUUUUCUGUCAUGCAGUUUUCUGUAUUUCUGGCUUAUAAACACAUUUUAUUUUCAUAAUAUUAUGAUAAUUG